AUGACAGGAAUGUACGACAACCCACCCCAGCCCCCAUGGCUCGGAAACCAUACCCCAGAAAGCGUUACCGCCGCCUUCGAAGCAUGGGCCGACAAACACCGUGCUGCGCUAAAUGCGAUCGUAGCCAAUGUCAACCUGAGUGACCCGCAGACUGUCACAUUUGAGAACGUCAUGCGCCCCCAACUCGAGUUUGAGAAUCAAAAGUUCUCGCACAACUUGCGCUUUUACCAGCACGUUUCUGAGAACAGCGAUUUGCGGGAGACCACUCGCAAAAUGGCAAAGUGGUACGAUAACAUCUGGACGGACAUGAACAUGCGCGAGGACGUCUUCCGUGCGAGAGAGGUUCUGUAUAACAGAUCUGGUCUCGCGGCAAGUAGGAAACAGAAUCCCGCUCGGUACAUAACCGAGGACAUUGCAAAGAAUGCAGGUUUUGAGGAUGCUGAGAGUGCUAUCGCUCUGGAGGAAGAGUGGAAAGAGGCCAUCAGGUUAGGAUUGGGUCUGCCCGAGUUCAAGAACCACCACGCUUCUGAUAAAGGCUGCAACUGGUUUGCCCCUGCAGAGUUGGAUGGCAUGGACAACGAUAUUAUUGACCAGUUGGCAAAGGGAACGGGCGAGAAAGAAGGCUGGCUCAAGGUCACCUUCGACCCCAGUCAUUACGACAUCUUUCUUAGAGACGUCAAGAACUCGGAGGCUCGAAAGCGCAUGUGGAUUGCCAUGGAGAGCAAAUGCCCAGAAAACGUCCCGCUCUUCAAAGAAGCCAUGCUUCUCCGAGACGAGGCUGCUCGCCUAUUAGGGUACCCAGAUCAUGCCACAUUGUGGAUUGAAAGCCGAAUGGCGAAGACACCUAGGGCUGUCAACAACUUGUUGAAUGACUUACGAACCCGCCUUGCACCCCUCGCCACCAAAGAACUCAACCAACUAUUGCAAGCCAAGAAGAAGGACUGCGAAACUCGAAACUUGCCGUUUGAUGGCAGUUUUUAUUACUGGGACUGGGCUUUCUACGCCUCCAAAAUCUCCAAGCAAGAACAUGACCUUGACAACAAGAAGGUUGCCGAAUACUUCCCGAUCGAUUCCGCAAUUACAGGCAUGCUUUGCCUUUUUGGGGGGCUCUUUGGCAUCGUUUUCGUUAGAUUGGCUGCAGAGGACCUUGAGCGUAUCUCCCCUACUGGCGUUUCCAAAGAUGUCAUGUAUCACAGGGACACUAUCAUGUUUAGUGUCUGGAACGACGAAUCCGAGGGUAAUGACUUUCUGGGAUACCUUUACAUCGACGCCCAUCCACGCGAGGGCAAAUACCGACACGUAGCGAAUUUCCCCCUGGAACUUGGGCACCAGAGAACGGACGGUACGAGGUUUUACCCAUCCACGGCUAUUGUUUGCAACUUCCCUGCGCCAACCAAGGACAAACCGUCACUCCUUAACCACGAACAUCGAGACUUUGUCGAAGCUCCUAGCCAGAUGCUUGAACAUUGGACAUGGAGAGUCGAGUAUAUCAAACGCAUCAGCAAACAUCAUCUAACAGGCGAGCAGAUGUCUGAUGACAUGGCCGAGCGGAUUGCGGCAAGCAGACAUUUCCUUCAGGCGUUGAGGAACUUGCGGCAGUUAUCAUCCGCGAUGUUUGACAUGGAGGUUCAUUCGCCCAAGUCACGCGCUGCCCUUGAAAAUAUAGACUUUACCAAGCGAUACAACGAAUUGAGGAACGAACUAACAGGAAUGAAGGGACCCGAAGCUAUUGGUGAACCGAUUUACCAUUGGUCUAACACCUACUCCUACGACAUGUUUUACUACGCCUUUGCUAAAGAUCCGAUGGAUAAAUCUCAAGGUCAUCGAUUCAGACACACGGUUCUCGAAAAGGGCGCGUCGCAAGAUGAAAUGCUCAUACUUGAGCAGUUCCUGGGUCGCAAGCCAACCACCGAUGCGUUUUGCAUGGAGCUGGGGCUGGUUGAAUCUAUGGAAGAACCGUUGUUGAAGGGAAGUUCCAUCGCUGGACGAGACCCCGUCAUUGAGGAGGGCGCCUCGAGUGAGGAGGAUCCUGCCAUUGAGCAUCACCCUUUCUGA